AUGACACAACUGGAUAAAGUCGUGUUGAUCCGCAUCCGGUCGGCGACGCCAAACAAGUCCAAGACGCGCCGCUUCAUCAAGUACUCGGCGUACUGCUGGGGCUGCUCGCUGGCGCUGACGUUGAUCACGAUCAUGAUGCAGUUCGCGCCCGACGACGUCGUGCCGCCCGAGAACUUCAUCCGACCCGGGCUCGGCGAGAAGAGCUGCUGGUUCCCAGGGAGCUGGGAGAUGCUGGCCUACUUCCAUGGCCCGGUGCUGGUGCUGAUGUCGGCUAAUGUUGUCUUCUUCGUGCUGACGGCGCGUAACCUGCUGAAGACGGAGAAGGACACCCGGAUGGCUGGCAACCAGAAGAAGGGCGCCGAAAGGUUCAAGAUUUACGUCAACCUUUUCAUCGUGAUGGGCAUCACGUGGAUUGCAGAAGCACUCUCCAUCCACCUCGGACCCAAGGAGCUCUGGUUCGUCACGGACGUCAUCAACAGUCUGCAGGGCUUCUUCAUCUUCCUGCUGUUUACGCUACGCCAGAACACGCGUAAGACGAUCCGUCGACACAUGUCGGGCACGAAGCUCGGCCGAAGCUGCACCUGCUGUUGGCCGGCCGACGUGGCCGACAGCGCCCCCUCGUCGCGCAAGACCGGCUCCUCCUCUAUGCCCUCGAACGGGUCCAAGACGAGCUCACGAAAGGUGGCCGACACCCCCAACUAGGAGUGGUUUGUCGGACGCGAGGCAGAGUCGCUCGCCGCGGUCGGUCAUGGGAAGGGGCGGGGUCGCUCGCCGCGGCCGGUCAAGGGAAGGGGCCGGAGGAACCUCCGUGUGUGUUGCAUGCUUGUGAUGAUAUGGCGCGAAGCGCGCUUCCCCUAUAGUGCGUCGCAUGCGCGGCGGAAAGUCGUCGUGGAAUCCGGUGUUCACUGUCACAUUCCGCGAGGCGCGAAACUGGUGUUCGGUGUCAUGUUCGCCUUUCGCAUGGGCUCGGUGCAGUAACCCGCGCACUGCGCUCGGCACAGUAGACCACGCGCCUGCAAAACAGCAAAAGUCGCUUCUGGUGUAGUUGCCACUCCUCGAUGUUCAUUGUCAGUGUCCAUAUACACCUCCCCGAACCGUUUAUGGUUAAGAUGCGUACCGUGGGAACUAUGCGUAGCGAACAUCCCAUGCAAGGUGCCUGGUGGGUGAAUGUACCUAACACACGCACCUCGAGUUGACACGCCACUACAGCUGUGUGCCAGCAUUAUUCGUUUAUGUAUCCGGGCAUAUUGAUAAGAUUAGCGUUCGGAUUCGCUUCUGGCGAGACUUCUGCUUCAUCUGUAAUUAUUCAGCCAGUGUUCGUGACGUCGUUAGUCCCGGGUGGCGCCGUACUGUGGCGAAGCCCUCUGUGUAAUGUAUUUAUCUGAGAAAGCGCGCCGGACUCUAAUCACAGCACGAGCCAUCAAACACGACGCCUGCGUGCCUAGAAGUUCCGUUCUAUACAAGGAACCAGUGGAGUGAUCUCGUGACUUGGUGAUUUUUACUUGAUCUUGACGCCCUGUUCGGAUGAGGUAGUGCUGCGCUACCCCUGCAAACGCAGCGAGAUACGGUGUGGGUGCCACUGCGUACAGGCGAGAAAUGAAGAAGACACUGACACUUGACGUUUCAUAACAGAACGUGCGCACUGGUUUCUACUAACAUUGCUGGAACCUAUUGACCUUUGGCAUAGCUGUUUGUAGAUGAUCACAUCUGCAGGCUGCAUAAUGUGCGAAAUGUGAGUGAAAAAUAUUUGUGAUGUCAUCAUAUUCAUCCAGUGGCGUAGUCGGGAUUUCGCCGAGCACAGGCCGUAGGUCAUAGGAACCUCUUCCCUCAACGGCCCCUCCUUGAGAUUCGGAGGAGCAUUUAGGUUCGAGGUCGUGUUUUGAUGUAUCGGCGCCCUUGCUAUGCUUUAGAAUCAUUGUGUGUAUGAAAUUGCCAAAAGCCAUUGGGCCUUCGGCCCAACGCCCCGUCACCUCCAGGAGGAGGGUCUCAUGGCCCUUAAAGUUCCCCUUGACUAAGCCGCCGGCAUUGCUCCCCAUGUUUCCACCGGGCGGCAGCGCAGUGGACAGUCGCCGACCGGUCCGUUCAUGCCGCUGCUUGCCUGCUGUGCGCCCGGCCCCACGCCGCCGCUGGCGGGCGCGCCUCGUGUCACCGCCGCGCCACCAGCGGACCCGUGCUCGGGUCGCUGGCGGGCCCGUCUUACUGUGCAAUACACGUG